AUGUCUACAAGGCCACCUUCACGCGUUGUCUUUGUGGGAAACAUCCCCUAUGGUCUCUCCGAAGAGCAGAUCACCGAAAUCUUCAACAGCGUUGGCAAAGUCGAAAAGUUCCGUUUAGUAUAUGAUUCCGAGUCGGGACGCCCUAAAGGCUUCGGAUUCGCGGAAUAUCUCGAUCCUGAUUCGGCCUCUUCUGCUGUGCGAAACCUGAACGACUACGAAAUAAUGGGCCGGAAACUUCGCGUAGACUUCUCUAACGAGCAGAAGUCGAAUGAGGACGGCCACAACCAGGGAUCUGGUAGUCACCAAGCUUCUGGUGCUAAUGGCGCCGGCGCUGGAAACUAUUCGCAAAGCACAUCUAUUCCUCAGCUCCCCCCUGGCAAGGAACUCCCCCCAGGCGUGAAAUGCACCGAUGCCAUCUCUCAAACAUUGAACACCCUCCCACCCUCUCAGCUGCUGGACAUCCUCGCCCAAAUGAAGACUCUUGCUACGACUGAACCGCAAAGGGCUGCCGAGCUGCUUUCACAAGCACCACAGCUCGGUGCUGCCAUUUUCCAGGCCCUACUCCUGAUGGGUCUCGUCUCGCCCGAAGCCAUCCAACUCGUGGUCCAGGGUGGCCCCCCUCCUCCUCAGGCCUCGAGCCCAACUUUCCCUCCCCCUCAUGUAUCUAGAUACCAAGGCGCCCCGGUUGCCAACAGCACGCCACCAGUGCCCGGCGCGCCCUACGCACCUCCUCCUGCUCAUGGGUACGGCGCUCCUCCGGCUCCUGUCUCUGUUGCUGCCCCUGUCGCCGCUCCUCCAGCCCAGGAUCCCGAGGCUCUCAUGAGAGCUGUUCUAGAGCUUACUGAGGAUCAGAUCAGCAUGCUUCCCGAAGCUGAGCGAUCCCAGAUCCGAGCUCUUCGAGCCCAGUUUGGGGCGCAACGAAGAUAA